AUGAUCCAUGUCAGAGUAGAACCGGACGAAACAAUCGAUCGAGCCCUUGCUCGCUUCAAGAAGAUAUGCGGCAAAGCAGGUAUCGUCACGGAAAUCAGACGACGCAGUUUCUACGAGAAGCCGAGCGAAAAACGUCGCCGCCUAGAACUAAAACGGCAACGGAAAAAUAAGAUUCGCACUUUUCACACCAAAUAA